AAUUUGUUAAUCUUUUAAUGACAGUAAACAUAAUGAUAUUCGGUUAGGAAUUAGCAAUCGUUUUGAUAGAUUCGGAGAAAUUUAGUAUAAAUGAAGAGUGAAAGAUAGUGACUUACAAUUCGUGUGUUAAGAGCGUGAAGCAGAUUUCAGGCAUAAUGCAAGCUUUAAUAACAUCCUUGGUUGCUCUGGUGCUUUGCCAUCAAUACAUCGACGCCCUCGUCCUACCACGAGCUGGAAGCUACUGUUACAGCUCUGACAAUGUACGAUCCCAAAUGAAACAUUUCACCAGCAAAACAGCCUAUCAAGUUGUCAAGGGCACCAAUUUCGCUCAAGAAGUAAUUGUUCCACACUGCAAACCUGUUAAAUUCUGGAUAUUGAGCCGUCAUGGAACGCGACUACCAGAAGAGGACCAAAUUGAAAUUCUCCCAGACUUAGAAGACAUUCGUGAUAAAAUUAUCAAAAACUACAAAGAGAAAGCAGCAGGGGAUAUGUGCCUGGGAGAUAUUGAAUUGAUCAGAAACUGGGUCUUGAAUAAAAAUAUCACUACGGAUAAGGCUCAAUUUUUGACCACACAGGGCUGGAAUGAUUUGAAGUAUAUGGCCCAAGACUAUAAGAACGCUUUGCCUGAAUUACUCUCACAAUAUGACGAAAAUGAAUUCUUGUUCCGCCAUACUGACACCCAAAGAACGGAAGCAAGUUACAAAGCCUUCGUCGAAGGACUUUUUGGACCCAAUGCUUACCAAAAAGUAAAAGUAACACCACCUCCAAGCGAUGAUAGCUUGCUUGCUCCUCAUGACCGUUGCCAAACUUGGGUCGAUCGUGAGGAUGAAAAGAAGGGAUCGGACACUGAAGGUGGCCUCUUCAAGAAGUCCGACGUUAUGAAUGAAGCUCUUGAAAGGAUCUCAGCUCGACUUGGAUACGCGAAAGUUCAAAAGUACAAGAAGAUCAAGCAAUUGUGGGAUAUGUGCAGAUUUGAGGCUGCCUGGUUUAUCGACCAACCUAGCGCUUGGUGCACUGCUUUCACAAUGGAUGAUGUUCUAGUUUUCGAAUAUUUGGAUGAUUUGGGCAAAGAACAUGCUAACGGAUACUCAACUGAUGUGAACCCAAAUAUCCCAUGCGAACUCAUGCAAGAUUUGUUGACCCGACUUUCCAGCGAUGACGGACCACGCGUGACUGCCUACUUCUCUCAUUCUGCUCUUAUUCAAUUGUUUGCUACUGCCUUAGGUAUUCAAAAGGACACCGCUUUAUUGACGAGUUCAAACUUCAGCACCGCAGCCAAUCGCAAGUGGCGCACAAGUCUCCUGGAUCCUUUCGCUGCCAACUACGCUGUUGUGAAAUAUGAUUGUACGGCUGAUCCCACGGAUCCUUCUUCCAAGAUUGCUUUCUUUUCAAAUCAGCGUAGAAUUGAUUUCGAAGGAUGCAGAAAUGGAUUGUGCAAAUUAUCCGACUUUGUCACUAAAUACAAAAAAUAUUUAGGCGUGAAUUGUCAAGAUGUUUUCUGCACUGCCAAAAAAUUAUAAAUGCUGGCUAUAUGGAAUUCCUUCUUUUAUCGGAAAAGAGAAUUAGGAGCACUGACUGAAUACAGAUAUGGUUAAUUCGCACUCAUAUCUGUUUUCUUUGAUACCAAAGAGGUGGCGGGGGUGAUUAAAUUAGGAUAUAUACAAGGUUUAGUAGUUAAGAUAAUUAGAUUAAAAACUGACCAUGUAUUAAGUUUUAGAGGAUUUCUUUGUCUAUUCCGCUGAAGAAGGCAUGACUAUAAUAAAUAAAUAUUCACUGAAUAUAAGAA